AUGUCUCAUUGGAUAGUUACAACAAUUGGAAUAUUUGCUUCUGGUUUACAAAUGGCAAUGAAUAUAAAUAUUUUCUACAGAGAUUUGAUGUAAGUGCAUGUAUUUGUAUUGAAUUGUCAAAAAACAUUUCAGACAAUCUCCAGCUUGGACGAAACACGAUUUUCGAUUUAUUAUUUUUCGAACAUUUUUAGAUAUUUUGCAGGGAUUCGCUAGUAUGUCGUUUGUUUCUUUCUCCACAUUAUUUCAUUAAAUAUUACAGGUUUAACGUUGUACAGUUUUACUAUUUUUUAUGUUCUAUAUCCUGAUUUGAUUUCGUACAAUUAUAUAUUUGUAUCCGGAUUAAUACUCACCAAUAUAACUAUAAUUCGAUCUUUUCUAGCUGCCGGUAUUGCUGUAGAAAGAUGUAUUGUACGUAUUCAGAAGUUCUAUAUUUUUCUUAAAAUACCGAAUUAUUUGUUUAGGCAUCAUGUUUUCCUGUCCAAUUUUUUCAACAUCGUCAAAAGAUUCCAAACACUCCACUUGUUCUAUUUUUCAUAUUCACUGCCUUUUUUGAUGAUUUCAUGCUUUUCCAUCUUUCGGGAUUAACAUUUCCUCUAAAUUCAGCAAAUUGUGCAACUUAUUUAUGCGCACUACCUCAAAAAUAUUGGAAACUUGCUGCAAUAUAUUCAGCAGUCUAUGGAUUUAUCAAUUAUAUUUUUUCGUUUAUUCUCUGUUUUAAAUUGCUCUCAAUGUACUUCCGCAAACUUCAUUAUUCGGCAGACUUGAAAAAAGUUAGUCUCUGAUUUUACUACCUACACAGACAUAUCAAUUAUCUCAAAUAACUUGGUUUUUAGGUGAACUUAUUAUGUCUAACCGAUGGACUUUCUUCAAUUAUUUUUGAUUUGAUACCUGCGAUAUUGUUUCAAACGAAAACAAUCAACGUCGAGGUUAGGAAUAAAUAGAAUAAUUGAUAAUAUAAGUAAAUUAUAAAAAUUAAGAAUGAUGGUCCAGUUACUGGUGUUCUUCGAACAAUUGGUCGAGUACUUGAAGCAAUGGUUAUGUACAAAUUGAUGAAAAAGAAAAUAAGAUCACCAAAUUCAAAUUCAAUGUUAACUAGAACAACAUUGAAAGAAAGAACUACUACGAGACAUAAAUAG